GCUCAUGGCGGGGGCUGCGGGUCCUGGAGUGCUGCUCAUACUGUGGACGCUGCUGGCUGUGGCUCAGCCUGCAGCCGAGCCGGGCGAUGGCGACGGGGGCUGGCGGCGGGGCGCGGCCGAGGUGGUGACGGAGGAAGAGCGCUGCACUGUGGAGCGUCGUGCCGACCUCACCUACGCCGAAUUCGUGCAGCGCUACGCCUUCCUCAGGCCCGUCGUCCUGCAGGGACUCACAGACAACUCGAGAUUCCGGGCCCUGUGCUCCCGAGAAAAGCUGCUGGCCUCCUUUGGGAAUAACGUGGUCCGCCUGAGCACUGCCAACACCUACUCCUACCAGAAAGUGGACCUGCCCUUCCAGGAGUAUGUGGAGCAGCUGCUGCGCCCCCAGGACCCCGCCUCCCUAGGCAAUGAUACCCUGUACUUUUUUGGUGACAACAACUUCACGGAGUGGGCACCACUCUUCCAGCUCUACUCUGCACCUCCAUUUCGUCUGCUUGGAACCACUCCAGCUUAUAGCUUUGGAAUUGCAGGAGCAGGUUCUGGGGUGCCCUUCCACUGGCAUGGGCCUGGGUUCUCAGAAGUGAUCUAUGGUCGCAAGCGCUGGUUCCUCUACCCUCCUGAAAAGAAACCUGAGUUUCACCCCAACAAGACCACACUGGCCUGGCUCCAGGACACAUACCCAUCCCUGGCACCAUCUGAACGGCCCCUGGAGUGUACCAUCCAGGCUGGUGAGGUGCUGUAUUUCCCUGAUCGCUGGUGGCACGCCACACUCAAUCUGGACACCAGUGUUUUCAUCUCUACCUUCCUUGGCUAACCAGAGCUCAUGGUACCAACAUGUACCCAAAUGGUGCUCACAGACUUUAUUACAGGACAGUGGCAGCAGCAGCAGCAGCAACCUCAGCCCAGCCCACCCUCAGCUGCUUCCCAGCCUAGAAGGGGGACAGGAGAGGCUCAUGGCCCAGCAAGGGGUAUUCUGAGGGGGAGCAGUCCACAGCCCACCAGCAGGACUGAUGGGGGCAGGCCCAGGGACACAAACGAUGUACUGGGACAGGGGCUUGUGUCCCAGGACCCUCCUGGGCUACAGUGCCAGGCAAGGCGGAACGAGGGAUCUCAGUAGUCCUCUACCCAGCCGUUCUCAGAGAUGAACGCAUCGAUGACCUCCUUCAUGGCCAAGUUCGGGAUGAGCUGUUCCUGGGUCAGAGGGCUCCGAGUGACAGGGUCAAAGUGGCCCACACGCUGCAACAACACGGUCACAGCACUCAGUAGCUGGAGUUACACAUCUGGUCCUGCUUCCAGUGUCCAUAGGCCCUUACCUGCAGGUGCUCCUCAAUGUCCUUGCGGUCAUAAGUAAUGCCACUGGGUGUAAUACAGGGUUCCCGCAUCAGCUCAAAGCUGAUCUUGCCACACAGGUAGUCGGGGAUAUCUCUCUUCUAUAGCACAAUAGGACAGUAUCAGGGACGGGGAAGGGGACACCACUCCAGGCCCUGGACUCACAGGCUUCAAGAACACUCACCUUUCUCUUCUCAUCCACCUGAGAGAAGAGCUCAUCCAUGUCUGCCAUGUACUUGUCCUGCAAAGAAUGGAGCACCAGUGUGCACAACUCAAACCUGUACACACACAACCCACCACCCUGUGUCAGAUAGGAGGGACACUCGGGUCACAUGUUGGCUGACAGAUCCACUGUGGGCUAAGGAACCUCGCUGCCACACGAUCAUACACAGACCCACAUGUGGACCAGGGGCGCUCUCACGUGCUUGGCUUCAAUGCAGGCCUGCUGGGCUCGGAUAUGCCCAUCAUCCUCGUCACCAUCGUGGUUCCUCUGACACUCUUCCAGCUCCCUGAAGAUCAGACAGGAGCUGGUCAGAGAUGGACGUGAACAGAAGACACCAGAGCCCACCCCACAGCAGGCCUCUUUCCCCCUCAGCUUCCUGUGUGCCAGCGUUGGCCUUCAAUAAACACCUGUGCUGGUGACUCAG